UGCAUAACAACCUAACAGUAAACCACAAUGUUAGGGGAUGAUCACAUGAGGAUUCGAAACUCACACACAGCUUCCCAGUUCGUGAUCGCUGAUGGAAUCUUCCUCCGGCAGAAUCGUCUUCUGAGCUCUUCGUCGUUUUGGGGCACCAAAUUCGGAAACACCGUGAGGUUGGGAGUAUCAGGAUGUAGUAGCUGCUAUCGGAGGAGGACCACGAGUGUGAAUGCUUCAUUAGGUGGUCUUCUCAGCGGGAUUUUCAAGGGUUCUGAUAACGGAGAAUCGACUAGGCAACAGUACGCAUCAAUCGUUUCCUCCGUCAAUCGAUUGGAGACUGAGAUUUCGGCACUUUCGGAUUCAGAGUUGCGAGGAAGAACUGAUGCGUUAAAGCAACGGGCUCAGAAAGGAGAAUCCAUGGAUUCACUUUUACCUGAAGCAUUUGCUGUUGUGAGAGAAGCUUCCAAGAGAGUUCUUGGACUCAGACCUUUUGAUGUGCAACUAAUUGGUGGUAUGGUUCUUCAUAAAGGAGAGAUAGCAGAAAUGAGAAUUGGAGAAGGGAAAACGCUUGUUGCUAAUUUACCUGCUUAUUUGAUUGCAUUAAGUGGGAAAGGUGUUCAUGUGGUUAUAGUUAAUGAUUAUCUUGCUCGAAGAGAUUGUGAAUGGGUUGGUCAAGUUCCUAGGUUCCUUGGAUUGAAGAUGCGUCGCGCAUUCUGUUACUUUGGCACUUUCCCCUUGCUCCUCACGAAGCGUUGCAUGCGUCAGCAGCAGCAGCCUCCCGGAGCUGGCCUCGACGAUCCAAUCAACCUGCAUAUUCUAUGGAAGAAAUCGUUUUCAUUUGCAGUGAGAGAUUCACUAGUUAAUGUUGGUCCAGUAAAAGAUUUUGCGUACGGCUUAAGGAUUAAUGCUGAUGCAAACGCCACUGGGAUAUCCAAACAGAGCAAAUAUGAAUUGUCAUGGGAAGAAGUGGAAGGAAGAGCUUGAUCAAGAAAUGGAAAGAAAGCGCACAAGUCAAG